AUGAAAGGCGAAAAUAAAAGUAACGUUGUGGAAAAGAGAAAAAAAAAAUAUGUAUUAGAUUCGAACAGUUUAAUUAAAUUUAAAGAUUUUUUAUUUAUGAAUUAUGAUUGUUAUAUAACAGAAGGAGUAAUAAAAGAAAUUAAAGAUGAAGCAUCACGAAAAAAAUUAAAUAAUAUACUUCCUUUAUUAAAAAUAACAAGACCUGAACAAAAUGAUAUUAAUUUUAUAAAACACUUUUCAAAAUUAACAGGAGAUUAUGAUUCAUUAAGUGAAGUAGAUAUAGAAGUUAUAGCAUUGACAUAUAAUUUACAUCGGAGAUUUGGAGACAUUUCAAAAUUAAAUGCUACUCCUAUGGAAACUAUUUAUAAAUAUGAUGAUGUACAAUACGAUUAUUCCAAUCUUAACUCUAAAAUGGGUCGAAAUGGGCAGCCGGACACUUUUGAAAAGAGGCAAGUGGGCGAAAACGAAGAAAACGAAGAAAACGAAGUGGAAGAAAACGAAACAGAUGAGGAUGUGAGGGAGGACGAAACGGAUGAGGAUGUGGGGGAGGAAGUGAAAGAAAACGAAGUGGAAGUGGAGGAAGCAGAGGAGGAAGAAAACGAAGUGGAAGAUGGGGAAGCGGACGAAACAGAUGAGGGUGUGGAGGAAGAGGCAGAGGAGGUGGAGGACGAAGUGGGGGAGGACGAAACAGAUGAAGAAGUGAACGAAGCGGAAGAGGAGGACGAAACGGAUGAGGGCGAGGACAAAAGCAAGCGGAUCUUGGGGGUGGAAACGAUAAAAGAGGAAGUGGUAGAAGUUGAUGAGAAUAAAGAUGAUGAUGAUGAUGGUGGAGGGAAGUGGGUUAACGUGAAUAAUUUUGAUGUAUUUAAUUUAAAUGUAGAUAAAAAUAAAAAAUUCGAAAGUGAUAUAGCAUGUGUUACAACAGAUUAUGCUAUGCAAAAUGUAUUAUAUCAAAUUGGAUUAAAUGUUAUAACUAUUGAUGGAUAUCAAAUAAGAUCUAUUAAAUUAUGGGGAUAUAUAUGUACAUCAUGUUAUUUUUUUAUGAGAAAAAAUUCAUUAUUAUUUUGUUCAAAGUGUGGUAAUAAUAGUUUGAGAAAAGUUAAUGUAGUUGUAGAUAAUGAAUUAAAAAAGUUAGUUGUAAAAAUUCCUAAUUUUAAAGUAAAUUAUAAAAAUACAAUUUUUAGUAUUCCCAAAAAAAAAAAUAAAAAUAAAUCCAAAAAUAAAUUUGAAGAUAAGCUUCAGAUAUUUAGAGAAGAUGAAUUAUUAAUAGGAGGAAGAAAGCAAUAUUUAAAUUAUCAAAAAAAAUUAUAUGAAAGUCAAAAAAAUAUUAAAGACCCUUUUAAGGAUGAUUAUAUGGGCGAAUAUAUAAAUGACUGGACAUAUAGAACAACCUUGAAAAAUGGUAAAAUAGCUGUUCUUAAGAAUCCAAAAAUUAUUGUGGGAGGUAAACGAAAUGCUCACCAUAAAAGGAAAUGA